UGAACAGUUAUCGCGGCUUGAUUUUAAUUUAUUUCCUUCUUAUCUCGGGGGAAGGGGCUCUUUCAUCGCGACCAUUGAACGCAUCAGGGAUCUGGAGCAGAAGAGGACCGUGAAGGGCUCUUCGCUUGUGUUUGUGCGGGUCACGUGGUUAACGCGUCCGGGACUGGUUGAAACCGACGGAAAGCAGCCUCAGGUCGGUCGGUCGGUCGGUUAGUUAUCUGACGGAGACAGACCUUCAGCCGCACAGUGAGACUUUCACACACCGAGCUCCAGACGUUCACUGCCGGUAUGUCCACUUUCUGUGUGCUGAAGACUCGUUGCUUCCUCCGGCAGGUCUUCCCCGCCGCCAUGCAGAGACACUACAGCCUGGAUGUCUCCGCUCCGCUGCUGCGGACGCAGGGCUACGUAGACGGCCGCUGGAUCUCCGCAUCCUCGGUGUUCCCCGUUCUGGACCCGGCCACCGGGAAGGAGAUAGCCCGGGUGUCGGACUGUGGGCCGGCUGAGGCCAAGCAGGCGGUGGACGCGGCGUAUAAGGCGUUUUAUUCCUGGAAGCAGUACACUGCUAAGGAGAGGAGCGUCCUGUUGAGGAAGUGGUUCGACCUGCUGACACUGCACAAAGAAGACUUGGCCAAACUGAUCACGUUCGAGAGCGGUAAACCUCUGCGGGAGUCUCUCGGGGAGAUCGCGUACUCCGCCUCCUUCCUGGAGUGGUUUUCAGAGGAGGCUCGGCGAGUGUACGGCGACAUCGUCCCGUCGCCCGCCAAAGACCGAAAGAUCCUGCUCCUCAAACAGCCUGUGGGCGUCGCCUCCAUCAUCACGCCGUGGAACUUCCCCAGCGCCAUGAUCACCAGGAAGGUGGGAGCCGCUCUGGCCGCCGGCUGCACGGUGGUGGUCAAACCCGCAGAGGACACGCCGCUGUCGGCGCUCGCCCUGGCUGAGCUGGCGGAGCAGGCCGGGAUCCCGGCGGGGGUGUUUAACGUGGUUCCUUGCUCCAGAGAGAAGACCCCGUCGGUCGGGGAGGUCCUCUGCACCGACCCGCUGGUGGCCAAAAUCUCCUUCACCGGCUCCACCGCCACGGGCAAGGUGCUGCUGAAAAUGGCCGCCGACACUGUGAAGAAGGCGUCCAUGGAGCUGGGCGGCCACGCCCCCUUCAUCGUGUUCGACAGCGCUGACGUCGACAAGGCGGUGAGCGGCGCCAUGGCCUCCAAGUUCAGGAACUCCGGACAGACGUGCGUGUGCUCGAAUCGCUUUCUGGUGCAGAGCGGCAUCCACGAUCGCUUCAUGGAGAAACUGGGCCGAGCGAUGGACGCCGAGCUGCGCGUGGGUCACGGCUCGGAGCCCGACACCACCCAGGGUCCGCUCAUCAACAGCAGAGCCGCGGAGAAGGUGACCCACCAGAUAUCGGACGCCGUGUCCAAGGGAGCGAAGGUGUUGAAGGGCGGGAAGCGUCUGGACGGGUCCUUCGUGGAGCCCACGCUGCUGGCCGACGUCAGCACGGAGAUGCUCUGCAUGAAGGAGGAAACCUUCGGGCCGCUGCUGCCCGUCAUCCGGUUUAACACGGAGGAAGAGGCUCUGGCUAUAGCGAACGCGUCUAACGUCGGGCUGGCAGGUUACUGCUACUCGCAGGAUGUGAGUCAGAUCUGGCGGGUGGCGGAGGCGCUGGAGGUGGGGAUAGUUGGAGUCAACGAGGGUCUCCUGUCCACCCCGGAGGCCACGUUCGGCGGGGUCAAGCAGUCCGGUCUGGGCUGCGAAGGUUCCAAGUACGGCAUCAAAGAGUAUCUGGAGGUCAAGUACAUGUGCUUCGGAGGCCUCAAACCCUGAACCGGACGGAGCGGCUCCAGCGGGACGACGCUCGUAUAAAUGCAGCGAUCGGUGCAGGUGGUGAAAUCUGUAGAUUUCAGGUUUUAAUCGAUUAAUUUUACCAUAACACAAAAUAACCCUUUUAAAUUAGUUAGAGGCUGAAAACGUCUCUGAGCUGUUCACCUUCAUCAACAUCUUGUGCUCGUUAGCUCGACCGUGUCGUGUUUCUGUCGGUCACUGUGGUUCUUUCUCUGACCAAUCAGUGCUCUGCGGUGUUAAACUCCACCUUUUCACAUCGACUCAGCGGCAAAAAAAAAACAGGAUUAAACUGAGGGCUUCUCCUCAACGUUUGUCAGAUUAAUUAAAAUAAUGCGGAACAAACAGAACAGCUUGGUGGAAACAGCAGCAGCUUUGUUGUUGUAUUGUUGCUAAAGGCCUGUUAGCUCGUCAGCUAAUAUUAGCAAAAUAACAAUCUGACAAACAGGCUGUUCAGUCGUUUUCUGUACACAAACAAAUCGAGUCACCUGGACAACAAACAGGUUAGUUUAAUGCUUUAUUGUCAUGUUUCCAAACAAUAUAUUUGUAUUUUAACAGGAGAAAAAGAUUUGAACACAAGCUGAGUCGGGCUAAAUCGUCUCAGAUUAACGUAGCUAAGUCCAGCAAAAACCAGGACAGCCGUGCUAACGUUAGCCUGAACUCUGAACGCGUCAUCGGGACCGUCUGCCACACAGUGCGAGGUGUGACCAGCAGGUGGCGGCUCGUUAGCCAGCCAGGUUAACAUUAGCUUAUAUUAGAGUAGAUACACUCGGAUUGAUCCUCGUUAACGCUUGUGUCUGGUUGCACAAAGCAGAGAAACUGAGCAGGUUGACGUGCACAUUAUUUACAGGUCAGAAACUCGUAAUUCCAACAACUCAGAUAUGACGUGAACGCAGCGUCAUCUCUUACAAAGACUCUAACUGACCUUUUUAUUUUCCCCCCGUGAGGAAUCACACAGGUGAACACACAGGUGUCCAGCAGCACAAAGACUUUAAACAGAAAAGCAGCUGCAGAGAGAUUAGCUGUGAUAAAAUCUAUUCUAUUUUAAUUCUAUUCUAUUUCGUUGAAUUUGUGUUAAAUUAGUUUGUAUUGAACAUCCUGUUAUCCUGCUGUCUGUUCAUGUAAAAACUAUUUUUAGGAUUAAAAUAUUUAUAUAUGCUGAUACAAAGAAGGGAGAGUUCGAAAUCAUCUGAAGCAUCACAGUUUCAUUUUUUAAUAAUUUAAAGCAUCAUUGGAUCAUUUAUACAAAACUCGACAGUGUACCUGGAGUUUCAAUAACAUGUCAGAACGACGUCACUCCAACAGAAAUACGUGAAUAAAUGUUGAACACUCGGCCGGAUUUUGAACAUGUAUGCAUGCAUCUAAUUUUUUAGAAAUAAAUGUCAGCAUAUUUGUGUGUGGAGCUAAAAGAACAAACAGCAUUAAAAGGUGUCUUUGAUUAUUGUAGUGCGGUCGCUGAAUGAAUGACUCGUUGUUGUGCAGGCGGACGUGGGUUUUAAUGUGAAGCAGUUUGUUUCUGAAGUGCCAUGUGACCGAUUUCUGCUUCUAACAGUGUCAAACGACAGUGCUCGUUAUUAAACCUCCAGUGGCUGACCGUCUCACCUGGCCGCAGUGAUUCACAGGUGUCCUCUGUGACAUCACUGUCAGGUGUGGUUACAGGUGAGCAGAGAUUUCCGAUCAGAGCUGAGACAAACCAACAAAGAUGUGAUUCGAUGCGUCGCCACUGUGGUCGAGUACUGACUCUUUGUUCUUUCUAAUGCUGAAACUGGUCUUAAUUCUAAAGUUACAGUCAUAGUUGAUGUAAAAAAUCUUAAUUUUGUAUUUCUGGCUGAAGAUCUUCAUGGAAAAUUAAAGAGGAAAUUGUAAUUUUA